AUGAGAAAUUUAGUGGUGUUUUCUGGCUCCUCGCAUCCUGCCCUUGUGAAGGAUAUCUGUUCGUACCUUUGUAUAUCACCAGGGGAUGCUCAGUUAACAAAAUUCAAGAACGGGGAGACCUCGGUGACAAUCAAGGAUUCUGUCAGAAAUAAGGAUGUUUACGUGGUCCAAAGCUCGAACGGCCAUGUCAAUGAUAUGUUUAUCGAACUUCUAAUCAUGAUCAGCGCUUGCAAGUCAGCAAGUGCUAAGAAGGUUACCGCCAUCCUACCUUUAUUCCCUUAUUCGAGACAACCUGAUGUGCCGUUCCAGAAGGCUGGAUUACCACAUUCCCAAACACAGCCAAACACCCCAAUUGUGAACAAGGAAGCUUACUUCAAUAACCUUUCUGACGCUAGAUCAGUCAUAAAUUUCAAGGAACAAACCAGUAACUACAAAGAAUGGGUGGUUCAAACAGGUACAUUAAUAGCCGAUUUAUUGACCCAGCUGGGAGCGGAUCAUAUCAUUACAAUGGAUUUACAUGACCCACAGUUCCAAGGCUUUUUUGAUAUUCCUGUGGAUAAUUUAUAUUUCAAACCACUAUUGAUUUCAUAUAUUACCCAAAACGUUCCAAAUUACAAGGAUUCCGUGGUGGUUUCUCCCGAUGCAGGUGGUGCGAAACGUGCUAUUUCUAUAGCCGAUACUCUUGGGUUGAAUUUUGCGUUGAUACAUAAGGAAAGAAGAAAUAUAAGAAGUGCCAAGCACGCUCUGGGAUAUUCGCUAUCGGCAAGUGUCUCAUCUCUAUCGCUUGUGCAUGACCAUAACGCCAACACUGCUAAUGCCAACAUUGGAAAAAGUACAUCAUCUACAACUAUGUUAGUUGGUGAUGUCAAAGAUAGAGAUUGUAUCAUAAUAGAUGACUUGGUGGAUACUUCGUCUACCGUCAUCCGUGCUGCCAAGAUUUUGAAAGAUCAAGGAGCAAAAAGUGUCGUGGCUAUCAUCACUCAUGGUGUAUUUAGUGGCGAUGCUAUCGAGAGAAUCAAGAGAUCUAACAUCGAUAAGAUAGUAGUUAGUAAUUCUCUUCCUCAGUCCGAGAAUGUGGCCAAGUUUAGUGGAUCUGCUUUCGAGGUUAUUGAUGUCAGCAGGAUCUUUGGAGAAGCCGUUAGAAGAAUACAUAAUGGUGAAAGUGUUAGCAUUUUAUUCGAUCAUGCGCUAUAG